AUUUUCAUUUUACAACUAAAAAUUGUUCUCGAAUUAAAGCGUAAAAAAAAAAACAUUUUCAAUUCUUACUUUAAUUAGCAGCAACAAAUGACACCUACUCGUGUUUAUUAACUACUGUUUAUAAAUUCGUGUGUUGACCUUUACCAAAACAAGUGUUUUAUUUAAUUAUUUAUCCACUUAAUACAACGCAAAAUCCCUUACCAAAGCCACUUUGAGCAACAGUUAGUUGGCGCACGCCUAACGGUUCUACGAUCAGUCGGAAUUAAGAAUACCUCGUCGGCAGUACGGUUAUCGAGUCGAGCGAAACAAUGUCGCAAAAGCAAACUUUCGUCUGCAGCUUACUGCUACUUCUGCUACUCCACGGCCUACACAGCACUCUUGGCCUCUUCGAGGGCUGCGAUUACACAUACAACAUAAACCCCGGCACCUCUUAUUUGGAAUCGCCGUACUACCCUAAUAGUUAUCCUUCAGGCACAUCCUGCCGUUAUCAGUUCAUAGCGCCUGUGGAUUAUACUAUAGAUGCUAGCUGCACCGUCGAAAUUCCGAGCAAUAAUGGAAAAUGUACUACUGAGUUUCUCUACAUGAGCACCCAGGGCGAUCAACAACUACGCGAUUCGGAACAAAUUUGCGGUCAAGGCACUUUAAAUCGCACUGCUUUAUUCCGGAAGUUGACCUUAGCCUAUGCAUCCUAUGGCUCUAACGGUAAAUUCCGCUGUUCACUGACGGUGCGGAAGCAACCCUGUGAUUGCGGCUGGUCCGUGACUUCGAAAAUUGCCAACGGCCAAGAGGCGGGCGAUAAUGAGUUUCCCUUCAUGGCCGCUUUGCAGAAUUUGGACUCAAGUACAUUGAUUUUUUGUGGUGGCACCAUUAUUUCACAUUUCCAUGUUUUAACCGCGACUCACUGCGCUCAACAACAACCAAUCGCUACGAAGAUACGCGUGCUGGUCGGCUUCAAGUAUAAAUCGCAAGUGAACAACUCUCGCUAUUCCGCCGCCUAUGCUGUCCAGCGUAUGUACUCGUAUCCUGGCUACGCUGACAACCCGCCCGUUAAUGAUCUCACACUUUUGGUAACCGCAACAAGUAUCGAAUGGGAGCUCGGCGUAGGACCGAUUUGUCUGCCGCCAUCUACUUCAUCGACUUUCACUUACGAGACCGUGGAUGUUGUCGGUUGGGGUACUACAAGCUUUGCCGGUCCCACCAGUGAUUCACUGAUGAAAGCCAAUUUGAUGGUUAUCGAAAACCCGGUGUGUCAGAAGAGUUAUGACGUGCCCAUUUACUCGUCUCAGGUCUGUACCAAUGACUACUCGGGCAAUGGUCGUGACGCUUGUCAAUUUGACUCGGGCGGUCCGGUGGUUCUGCGCAGCUCACGAAUGUUUCUCAUUGGCUGCAUCAGCUAUGGCCAGGCCUGUGGUCAGCCGUACGGCACGGGCGUGAAUACACGCAUAACCUUCUUCUUAAAUUGGGUGCGACAGACGACGGGUUACACGACUUGCGUCAAGCCACUGGGUUAAUGUUGUUGAAUAUGGAAUUUUUUGUUGUUAACUUUGCUUGCAUAUAUGUAAAUAAAUAUCUACAGAUCAGUA